GCGGGUGAACGCUGGGAGGGUGCCCUGGCUUUUCUAAGCCUCCACCCCUCCAACAAGCUUCGCCCUUGUCCAGCUGCUGUGCAAGAUCUCCCUUGAUGACAGCCUGCAGCUGCCAGCACGUUCUCCUGUCGCCUCCCCAGGCUUGGAUUGUUAAUUUUGUUGCGAUGGAGACUGUGUCCCUGGAGCACCAGAUCCAGAGCGUGCAACGACAUAUCACCUUCCUGAAGAAGGAACAGAUGGAACUGCUCCAUGACCUGCACCUCGAGAUUCUCCGAUUGCAAAAGCACUGUACAGAUCUGACCCAUGACCUUGAGACAAAGGAACUGGAAACUCACCAGCAAGAUGACAUUGAUCGGGAACUGGAGGAGAAGUGCAAGAUCAUGGAAGCCCAGCUGCAUGAGAAGGAGAAGGAUAAUCUGGAGCUGAGGAAGGAGCUCAGACAUAAGGAGACCCUGGUGUCCGCACUGAGAUGCAACCUCAGGAACAAGGAGAGGAAAUUCCUUGAGGAGCUGAAGAGAAGAAGCCACCGGGUGACUAUCCUUAACACGGAGCUGCAGAAGCAGACAGAGGCUGCUGCUUAUCUCUCCUUCCAGCUGCAUGCCACCAAACAGAAACUGCAUGGCUCCCGGCAAGGUGGCAAGCCCUCCUCCGACAGGCCUCCGGACAAACCAUUCCCUAUGCAGCCUUCCAGUGAGACGAGGCCCAAAAAACGAAUCCACAAGUCUCAAGUUCGGAGGCUGGUGACCGACUGCUCCUGUAGCAAGGGAGCCAUCAAGGACUCCUUCCAGAGGGAGAGGAUGAGCAGCUUCGAAGAGGCAGACCCCAUGCCCGACCCAGCACUUUUUUUAUACACUAAAAGGCACCAUGCUCCCCAUCGGCAGAAAUUUGACCCCAAAGCCCAGGCCCUUAGCAGAGCGGGGGCUGAUCCGAGUGACAGUGCUGCUGGGGGCUCAAGUCUGCAGAGACCCUCCUGUCUUCAUUCCCAGGAGCAAGCAGAAGGUACUAGCACCAGGCCUUCAGCCAAACCCAAGCCCUCGAAGGGUGAGAAAGGCAAACAGCAUGGAUCCAGCCCCAGGAAUUCAAAAGGCUUGGAGUAAACAAAGAAAGUGGAACAGUGUGGUUGCUAAAUGCAGAAGAUGAGUUUGGCUAUACCAAAAAAGAGACUGCGGCCUACAAAGAUUUCUUCCCCGCCAUCCCAUCAAGAAGUAAAAUACUGUUCAGUUUGGAUUCCCUCAAGGAGCUAGAAACAAUCUGACUCGUCUAAUAUCUCCAUUUAGGAUGACCAUGGAAUGGCUGUCUUAUCCCAAGGGAUGGUGGGGCAGGUGAGCGGGAGGGCAAGCAGUGCUGAGGGCAUUUGAAAUGUUGUCCUGGAGUUGACUCCAAGAGAAGAUAGGCACAGAUGUGGAACGUGGAGAGAAGGUUUGAGCAUGGAGGGAAUGGUUAUUAACAAUUGUCUAGAGCUUCCCUUUCGUAAAAAUUAAGCUUUCUGAGACUAAAAUCUCUUACCGUUAUUGUUAUCAUUGUUCCUUCUAGGUAAAACUGUUCUUAUUUUCAUUGGCACUAGGUAGUGGUGGAGGGUGGCGGGGGUGGGGGGAAUAGCAGAAUUGCACUGAUGGUGAACGUGGCAGGAUGCACCAAACUCAUCUUUGGUUCUAACUUCAUGACAUCACUGGAGUUGGGACAGGGAUGAAUUUGGCCCAAAAUGUCUAAUAUAAGGUAUUCCAGGUUCUGGAGAAUGUCGGCAGUUGAAUGACAAUCGGUCAAUUUAGUCUAAGAAGGAUUUUUAAAUCAUCUGCAGAAACAGUAUGGCCAAGCCAGUCAAGUCUGAAAUAGACACUCAAGAAUGUUGAAAUUCAUAUUUUCACCCAAAUUCCUCCUUUUUAAUAAUUAUGCAAAACUGAAUGGACAAGAUUUUGAAACGUGACCAUUGAUUUUGGGCACCUCUAUUUUUGGGGUGCCCAGCAUGAGAUAUCUCAAAGCGGUUUGAUUUUUCAGAAGCUGAUCUGAAAACCAGGCCCAUUUAAGUUAUCUCUAGGUGGGCACUCAAAGUCAAUAGUCAUUUUUUAUAACCUUGGCCAAUACUUUUGUUUUGCAUGUUAUUACAGCAGGUUUUCUAAAUGUGUCUUAGUUACUCCACAUUCCAGGCAGAGUUCCCUAGUAAUCACUGUCUGUUACUACUCUGCUUAGACACCAGGAUUUUGUUUUUAAGUUAAGUUACUAAGCAUGCAAUAGUUCCCCACUGAAGUCCUGCUCAGAAGACUAAGUAACCAAAUUAGCAGUGAGCUACUUGAGGAUGAGAUCUCAUACAUUGCAAACAUUUUGUGGCAGAGCUAACCACUCAUUUCUUCUGUGAUACUGAAGGGAAGUGAUAAGGAAACCACAAAUCUGUCUUCUUCGGGGCUUGAGCCCCAUCUUUCUAGAUAGGUACUUACAUGGUCCUCAAUACCGUGGUAUCUGAGCACCUUCCAGUCACAACACCCCAGGGAGGUAUGGAAGUGCUAUUCUUAUCCCCAUUUAACAGAUGGAGAUCCCAGGCACAGGGUAGAUGAAGUGACUUACCUCAGUUCACCCAGGAAGUGUGAAGCUGAGUCAGAAAUGGAACCCAGGGCUUCUGAGUCCCAGCCUAGUGCCCUAACGACAUCAUUAUCCCCUCCUCCCCCACUAAGCCCAUUAGCGUCAAUAGGAGCAUUUCCAUUGAUUCAGUGGGCUUUGGGUCACACCCUUGAAGAGUUCUUAUGCACAUGAUGGUUAUGAUUGUUGAAGCACACUAAGAUGCACCAGUGGGUGUUGCAUUGCUAAGCUAUUAGUGCCCACUGGGAGGCAAAAAGCUGUGAGUGGGGUCCUACCUGAGAAGUUGUCCAAUAACACAUGUCCUAGAGCAUCUGUUGCUAUUGUACUAUAAUCCUAUUUAUUUACAAGCUAUAUUUUCAAAAUGAAAUUCAGAAGUAUCUUUGGUUGGUUGGUUUUGUUAGGCUAUGAAAAUGUAUAGAAGGAAAAAGAAGCAACAAGAGAUAACCAGAACCAAAGACAGGGCCAGAUUCCCAAUUAGGCACAGUAGGCAUGUGCCUAGGGGUGCCAGCGUUCUAGGGACACCUUAGCUUUCUAAAACUGUGUGCAACACGAAGGUCAGCUGUAGGGGCGGGGGGAGGGGGGCAUUGAAGGUGCUGUGCCUAGGGGUACGUAAGGUGUCAAUCCAGCCCUGAUCAAAGGGUCUAAAACUGGCCCUUUGUUGAAGAGGUGAGAUCAUCUGAUUUUUCUCUUGGACCUUCCAGAAAUUAUUGUCAUCUUCCAUGGUCCCUCUGACCCUACUGCUUCAACAACCCCAGACCCACAGAGGCUCCUAUUCUGCCCUGUGGACCUUUUAUGGUCACUUCUUGAUUCCCAAGACUCUUCAGGAGCUAGAGCCUUCUUGUUCGCUCACUGACUCCUUAUGGUAUUAUCCUUGGACCCCACUGAAUCUCUGGUACUUUUCAACAGCUCCCUCAGUCCUCAGGCGUGUCACUUCACCCAUUCAACACUACCUAAGUUCAAAAUAAAAGGCAUGAAUAAGCUGAAGGCUUUAGCCUCCAAUAUAAAGCUCCAAAAUCUGUGAUGUGCCUUUAGCAUCCUGCAACGGCUUAACAAUUAGAGGAAGGAAAAAUUAUUGUGAAGAUUAGACAGAGAACCGAGUUCUGAUUUUAGGACUUCAGUGGAUGCUCGGCACCUUGCAGGAUCUUCUGUUACUCUGCAGUAACUGAGAGCAAAAUUUUGACCCAUGUGGUUUUUGACUACCUGUUCUAACCAAUUAGCUUUUUUUUUCUACACUCUCCUUUCUAUUGGCUGCUGGAAGUGUGGCUAAGUUAGUGGCUCUGACUGUGACUUACCAGUGCACAAAUACAUGCCUGGGUUAAAUAUUACAAACAGCAAACCAGUCACUUGCUGUUUAGAUAUUUAGGGACACAUUUGCAAACACAACCCACUAAAACUGGGCACUUUUUUUUUUUUUUUUUUUUUUUGCAGGCAUGGCUGUUUGUGUAUGUAUGUGUGAAUAUCUAGUAACCAGGGCUAAAAUGCCAGACCUAUUAAAAUCAAUGGAAAUUUAUCCAUUGACUUCAUUAGGGCCAAGAUUUCAUCCCACAUAUCCAGCUAGCUACUCAAUUUGCAUGUGAAUAUAGGUGCCUAUAGGAAAAUAAUGCAGACUCCAUUUUUCCAAAGCCAGUUUGGAACCUCUUAGAAAAUCUGGUCCUAAUUGACCAGCCCUAAUUACCAAUAAUUUGAGGUCGCUCAUGUAGUGCUCAUGCAUAUACAAAGGUAUCUAUUUUUGAAGUGCAAUAUUUAUAUAUUAUAUUAAAAUACUUUUAUCAGAUUCUAGGUAACAAUUACUAGCCCAACUUUUUGAAUUAUAAAAAUAAAAUUCAGAAUUGAAGAUUUAUUCUACUGAGGCAGAAAAUUGCAUUUUUGUACCUUUUCUUUGAAAGAGAAGAUUAUCUGUUCCUUUAAAUCUUUCCUGGCCCUCUAUGGGAUAUGUGUUCUUGACCUGUAUUCUUUAAACACAGUUUUGAAUUCAGUAUGAAAUGCCAUGGCUUCAUCUGUGAAGACCUCUGUAUAGCGCAGGACUGGUUCAUCAAUUAAGCCCUAAGGGCCAGAUUCACUAAGGUAUUUAGCGCCCAAAGAUGUAACUAGGUCCCAAGUGUGAUUUUCAAAAGUGCCUAAGCCUGUUAAGCACCUAAAUCCCCUUGAUUUCCAUGACAGAUGCCUGCUUUCGAAUAUCACAUAAGGUCCCUAUCUGCACUUUGAAAAUCUGUCCCUAAGUGUCUGACCACUUCCAAAGCAAAAAACCGAAGGAUGUAGGAAAAAGAUACAGAGCUGCACCUCUUAGGGUAUGUCUACACUGCAAUCAGAGAUAUGACUGCAGCAUGAGUGGGAAUAGCAACACUAGCUUCAAUCUAGCUGCUCGUUGUAGCCAGGCUAGCUAGACAAAAGGGAGCGGGGCUCUGCCAGCACAUGCUGCAGGCACACCUCGGACUGCGUGAGCUGCAAACGGGCAGGAGUAGUACAGUUAUCCAGUCAUUUCGGGGCCCUUUACUAGAUUGCAAGCUGCCUUCUGUUUUUGAGAAACAGCUCAUUAGACUCCUUCUGUUGACUCACUACACUGAAGUAAUAGACUGUCAUUUUAGAUUCCAGUCCAGUACUGUUAAAAGCUGUCUUUGUGCAGCAUGUGUCCGCUGUAAUCAUUACACUGGGCAUAGCUGCUUCUUCUGCCAGCAAAGCUACUGGGGCCAUUUAUUUCUCCUGACAGCCGGACUUUCUGGCAUGAACAGGGCAUCCUGUUUGAAUCUUGCCUCCUCUUCAAGAUCGCCUUCCCCUAUAUUUUCUAAUCACUGCUCUGCUCCUGCUUGGUCCCUGGAGAUGUCAGUGAGCUGUUGAAUUAGUGACAACCCGUGGUGCGAGUUUACACCUGGCAAAGGAAUAAAAUGAGGCUUAACUAGGGGUGUGAGGAAGGAGGAAAUAAUCCAGGGUGAUUAUCUCAUCCUAUUUAUUGCACUAGCCAAGCAGCUAGUGAGAGGAGAUCUGUAACAGUAUGUUGCAAUGGGCAUGCUAACACUCACCCUGAAAUGUAGGAGGGAAGGGUGGGAUCCACAGAGGAACUCGGGCAUUGUAGCUCCUAAUUUUUAAGCACCUACAAAAUCCAGGAAAAACACCCUGCUCGACUUUGUCAUCUCGGCUCCCUGUACAGUGAAUGGGGAGAGAGGCGCCUAAGGAUGAGAUCCACAAAAGCCAGCCUGCUAGGCGGGGAGCUGCCUAAGCUAGCCAGUGGGAAGCGCUGAGCAUGGGUGUGUCCUAAAUUCAAUGCCCACCUCUGUCGGGUGAGGAGGAGGGGAGAAAGGAUCCCAUCUCUCAGAGGACUUCUGACAUCAGGCUCCCUUCUGUGGAAGCUGUUCCACUGUGGAUCCAUAAUCAAAGAGGGUUGGAGCAGGGGGACAGGACUCGGGGUUGCCUGCUUCCCAGGUGGGUGCUGCAACCACUGGGAUAUAGAGUCAUUCGCCCUCUGUCUGACCCAAUGACUGUUCCACAGUAGAUAAAUACUAAACCAGUCAGUGGGCCAGAGAGAGGGAAUGACUCUGCAGCCCAGUAGGGCCCAGUGGUUAGCCUCCAGGCUCAGGCCCUACAGGUGACUUUGGUGGGGAAACAACUAUCUUGCCCUGGUUCCAGAUUGCUCUGGGGCUUAGGUGGGAGACAGGCACCCGGCUGCCUAGAGGGAGGCAGCAAUGCAGAAGCAAAAACCUAGGCACCUAGGGAGUCAGGGACUUUUACCCUGCCCUGAAAAAAAUUAGGCAUCAAGUAAGUUCAGGUGCCUACCAGAUUCAGUGGGAGUUUUGUGGAGCCAACCCCAGGAUUUAGGCACCUAAGUGUUUCCAUGGAUCCCACUCUAAGUGAUCCCCGCAUUACUGAGAGGAGAGUCCAGCUCAGUUACUCCACUGGAAUUAUACCAAAUGAAUUAGUUUGUGUUGAAAGAAAAAAAAAAUCACACAAGCUGCUUCAGUUAGGACUUCUGGGAUGCAGCUUCAGUGAAGUCCAGUGGAGCUACACCCCUUUACACCAGCUGAGGAUCUGGCCCCAACAAUGGUGUGUCAUCAGUGCACGCUUGCUUGGGAGACUGGGGCUACUAUAAUGCUCAUUUUGCUGGACACAAUUCUCUUGUUUGUUAAGCUUCUCAUCAACUCGUGGCUAAAACUGCCUCAGAAGCCCAGGCAAAGAGGUCUGUGGAGAAAUCAGGAGCAUUUAUACUAGACAUCCAGGUUAUUAACAAGAGAAAAAUAUGCACACUCUAAGGGACACCUACUUUAUGGGUCCAGUUUUCCUAUAACGCUAUGAUGAGAUGCUCUGUUGUCUGUUUCUCUUAAGGAUGAUUAAAAAGAGAAGGCCCUCUGCUGGCAAAGCAAUGUAAUACGAUUUCUACCGCAUAGUGAACACAGAUUGUUCACUAUCCUGCUCUGAUGACACAAUCUGCGGGAGAGCGGUGAAAGCAAUAAGCAAUUUGCAUUGCACUGUGCAAGUUAUAGCUGUGGAAACGCAGUAUCCCUUCGACUUGAUUAAGAUUUGAACCUCAUCUUUGUAAAUGGUUAUUUCUCUCAGGUUCACAGAGGUUCUGCUGAGAACAUUCUUUCUUUGUGUGUGUGGGGAGGGAGGAGAGGGGGAGGUUAAUACUAGAGGAGCUAAUAAAUUCACUGUGCACUGUUUUAGUUGGGUUUUAUUUUAGUUGUGAUUUGCAUGGCUUCUCUUUUCAUUUCUGGACAAUCCUAAAGAGCAGACUCAGCUAAAUGUUUAUUAUCAAAUCGUUGAUGCAGAGACUGUAGCGGACUUCAGUAUAAAAAAGAGAGAGGAGUCCAAUAGUUCUCUUUUGUAAAUAAUUUCCCACCAAUCAUCUAUUUCUCAGUGGCUGGUAUGUAAAUGAAACAACUCCAUCCGAGCUGAAGGAGCCUUCCUGCUUUACUGAUAAUUAUGGGCUCAUUCAAGGAGUUUAUUUAAUUUCCAGCUCUCUUCAACUAUUCUUCCCCUGUCCUGCUUCCUGCCCACAUCUUCCCUUUAGCUCUGCAUGCAAGCUACUCGUACUCUGAAGCCAAGUGGCGGUAUGCCUCGCCAGCAGGUAUCACUGCAACCUUGCAAAAUCCUGAUCAGAGAUUACACGGAGAUAGCGGGGGGAGGGUAUAAAUAGGGUGACCAGAUAGCAAGUGUGAAAAAUUGGGACGGGGUGGAGGGUAAUAAGGGCCUAUAUAAGAAAAAGCCCCAAAUAUUGGGACUGGCCCUAUAAAAUCAGGAUAUCUGGUCACCCUCGGUAUAAAUGCCAUUAGCCAAAAAACAACAAACAUACAAAAUGCAUGCAAUAUUGGGCCUGAUCCUGACCUUGCUUAGACCAUUGUAACCCCAUUGAUGUCGAUGGCAUUACUUCUGAUUUGCACCAGUGCAACUGAGGAGGAGGAGCAAGGACAGUGUUUUUGAUGAGCCAUAGACAAGACAGAGGAGCUAAAUGGAGCACUUUCUAUUCCUAUGAGCUAAAUCCUGAAGCCCCUACUCAAUGUUCAUUCACUCAUGCCUCUGGCAAAACUCCUGCUGACAUCACUAAAGGUUUCACUGAAGAGUUUCUUUCAUUAAAAACUGAGGGCUAGAUUGUAAUGCCCACUCAGGUGGGCAAGAUCCCACUUGCCAUGAUUAAGGAUAUUGCAAUCUAGCCCUGAGUAAGGACAUCAGGAUUUGCCCUUUAUUAAUAAUGUCGUUUGAAGUUAGUUGUAAGGGCCAGACCCUGCAGCCCCUUAUGUGGGAAUUCUUGCCUACGAGCUUGCAGGAUAAGCCCCUAAACUUUGUUAUUGGCCUUUUUAUUCAUUGCUGUGUUUUUGUGGGGAGGCUAUAUAUAAAUAUAUAUUUAGUUUUGAAGAGAAAACACUAAGAUCGAAGCAGAUACGUUGAAAAGAAUCUAUGGUUUUUUAAUCUUUGUAUUUAUAUAAAUGAUCAAAAAUGAAAGUCAGCGGUCCCACUUCUUAAUCUGAAGCGUAAUGUCAGAUACAGAGAGUCCAAAGGAAUAACACACACCCAAUGAAACAUGUAUGUUUUCUAACUACUGUUGAUGGAUGAGCGUGUUUGUAGACUCUCUAGUGUCUGAGUAUACAUUAACUAUCAGAAUGUAAGAUAUAUAUUAAAAAAGGAGAUUUGUACACUGCAUUUAUCCAGCACUUUCACAGACUCCCUGUGAGUCAGAAAGGAUAAAUAGAAAUGAUAUCUAUACUGUAUAUCUCUAUAUGUAGAGGCACAUAUCAGGGAGUGUAAGAAUUGAAAUCUACAUGCUUUGUAUAAUAUGUUUAAUGUUGACUUGUAAAGCUUCACAAUUAGAUUGGAAAUGGACGCAUAGCAAUAACACUCUGUUGUUAAAUGGAUGUCUUGUAUAUACAUGUGCUGGGAACUUUCUAUAUACAGCCUCACAGUCAUGUGACUUUCCUUUCCGUUUUAAACUGUAUUUUUUGUUCUGGAACUGUACAAUGGCCUAAGGGGUUUUGUUUUGUUUUUGAAUUUUUAAUUCAUAAUGCUCUCUGCCAAUGAGAAAUUUCAUCGCCUAGGAUUACACCCACUGAACUGUAACCUAGCAGCUCGGAUGGGGAGAGAGAGGAUAUCGUUACAUUGCUUGCUUAUAUUGUUCCCAUGUUCCAAAACGUGUCUGGAAUCUGGCCAUACUGACUGAACCAAAAUGCAAAUGGUUUCAGUCACUGAUUUACUGAAAACGUCUCUUAUUUUUUUGCCAAGGCAAGUUGGUAGGGAAAUUUUCCCCACUGGCAUAAAUAUUUAAAAAGCCAUAUUCUCUGAAUUGGUCAAGUGAUGCUGCUAGACUUUGCAUAAGCCCAAUGCAUUUGGUAGGUCUAACAUAAGGGCCACUGGUUUAUAACAUUCCCCUCCCCCAUCCAAGAUUAAAAGUGUGAUUGUAAGUCUAUGUCUAUGUUAUUCAGAAUAGUGACUCUGAAAAUGACCUUGUGAGGUUGCCCACUCCCUCGGUGACAUAUAUCAAUGGUGAAAUCCUGACUCCAUUAGGUUUGGCCAUUGACUCCAAUGGAUUCAGGGUUUCACACACACACACACACCCCGCAAUCUGCUCACUUUACAAGGUUCACACCACCACAUGCACACAGAGUCUAGGACCUGAAAAAAUCAAGCCGUGCUCUUUCUGCCUCUCAUGACAGCUGCAGCAAAGAUUGCAACUUAGCCAACAAUUCUGCUGAACAUGCGUGAGGCAGAAUAGAACCCAGAUGACUCGCCCAUAGCCGAAUUGGCACUACAGGGCAAAGAAGAGCAAAAACUUGUUAACAGUGAGCAGAUCUGACUCCAGCACACAGGAGACUGGUAUUAAAGUGCCCUUUUACCGAGUCGCUUUUUCUGAGGAUGGGCCCAGAGUCACUGCAUCAACUGCCCUUCGCCUGGUUAGAAACCCAGUGGUAGGGUGAAAGUAAACACUGCCUGCCUUCCACUAGCCUAAAUUCCCAUAUGACAGUGUAGCUGGCACGGAGGGUAGUCAAGUGUGAGCAACUAGGUAUCCUUAAGGUCCCUUCUUCUGUAAACCACUAGCAAACAGCACCCAUGAGUAUCAGAACUCCCAUAGACUUCAGCGGGAGUUUUGCCAGAGACAAGGUCAAUGGCUUAUUGUAAACUGCCACAUUAAAAACAAAGCCAGAUGACAGCACAGCAGAUGUGCGUGGCCUACAGGUAACUGUGAGGUUUUUGGGGAGCAAAAGAUAGUUACUUGGGCAAACUGAAAUGUGAUUCAGCAGCUAUUUUGCUGCUGGGUCCUGGUCGGCAGACUGGAGCCACAAGGACACUGAGUGCUUUGCCCAAGGUAGUUCAGAGAUUCAGUCAUUUAAUCAAAUUAGAAACCAGGAGGACUCUCCUGACUCGGAGUCCUGUUAUUGACAAUCCUAGCUCGUGCUUCGUGCUUGAUCCAGUGCAGGCUGCUCCAGCACAUCUCAUUGUAAGAACGAUGCCGUCUCUUUAGUGCAUGUCUGUUCUUGUCACUGUCUCUGCUUGCACUGCCAUGAAGCCUGACUGCCAAGUCCCACGGGGAGGAGGAGAGGGAGGGAUGGCCUUAGAUUCACAGGUUGCUUCACUCACUCUGGAUAACAUCUGGAUAAUAUCGGCAUGUUGUGAUUUCGCCUUCAUGGGUGGGACCCCGACUGGGUAACUGAGAGAAGUCCCAGACAUGCUUUUUGCUACUUACUUGCAUCAAAAAGUACCUGUAUUUCUAAAGGUCCAUUAAAAAUCCCGUAGGCCUCAUGUACUGUGUGAAAGCAUGAAGAUAAAAGUGCCGCUUUGCCACACUAGUGAGAACCUGCCCUCUUCAACCUUUGCUCCCAAUUGCCAAGUUUGUUCUUUUGUUCCCUCUCUGCAUGAGCUGCCCUUUUGGCUGACACUGGCAAGGCACUAACUGCAUGUCAGCAUAAAGAGUCCCAGGGCUCUGCUACGCUGUCUGGAGACAUUCUACCAAAGCAGAGAUGAGUAUCCUUACACCAAUCCAAAAAAAACAAAACAAAACUAGGACCCCCCCAAAAAACUGCAUUCCCAGUGGAAAGGGGAAUGCUGCUGGGAAACCAAACCCAGAAGCAGGGGUAGAGGUGACUCCACAAAGUUUCCCGGGAGCUUUGGAAGAUAAAUAUCACUUGAUCUAGUAAAUCUUACCUUAAUCCACUCCUGAGAGACAUUUGGGACACUCAAAUUGCACAUGCAUGCCUAGAAGAAAAGUGAAAUCUAGGUCAAAAUGCUCAUUGAACAUUCGCAGCACUAAGGAGUGCAGGUAAAGGCUCCUCCUCGUCUUUUCUGCAUUAAAUGUUACUGAUACAAUAUUUUUUUAAAAGAUGCACUUUCCCUUUAUUAUAUUUACAAUGAUAACAAAACCAAAGCAGCAUUAGGACAGGGACACCCCAGAAAUUCUACAGGUUUGAAAAAAAAAAGCCCUCUCUAACUGCCUGGUCUGUCCUUUGAGGCACUACUGAGUUCCAAACCAAUGGAAGUUUAGGGUGCUCUGCACCUCCCAGGAGUUACUCAGCAUCUUUCAGAAUUAAUCCCCAAAUUUGCUCUUAGGCUUCACGGUAGCGCGGGUUGGUAGGGUGGAUCACGCAACACGUACUCCCCUGCAGAAUCCUUAUUCACCCAAGUGAGGUCCUGCACAGAGGACGAAUUGCACAGUUCUGUGAGCUGCCUAUAUGGCCUGCUAUGGGAAACCAUUACAAUGGGACAGAAACCAAAGGUUUGAUACUGUUCUAUCUGAAUGUUCAAUUUAUUACAUACAGGACAUUAUUAUUUACAGCAAAAGAGGGGGCAAAGAGGUACAUUGUUGCUGACAGUGCUUUUCAAGAUGUAUUCUCUGCAUACCCACAAACUACAAUAUGAACUUGUACUGUAGAUGUCAUUGUAAUACGCCUUUUUAUUAAUAAAGGACUCAAAUCGG